AGUAGUUUUUAUUUCAUUUUUAUGGCCCGUUAGUGUAACGAGACCAACGACACAAUGAUUCUGUUUCUCUUUAUAAGUCAAAAGAUCUGUCGAAAAAGCUGAUGAGAAUAGCCAUUGGCAAAGCACUCUGAGUCAGUGGUUAUGCAAUUCUUUUUGACCCCAUUAUUGCUCUAAUUACACUUAUUUUCCCCACACUAUAUUCAGAGUCAUUGUCAAUAAUUCGCAGUUUCCAUGCUUACCAAAUAACAACAAGGUGUGAACGAACGACUCCUGCAGUCCUAUCUAACAUCUUAGGAGGUCUUGUGCAUGCUAAACAAAAACUCCAAAACAUGGCUCGACAGGAUGAAGGGUGGCCACUGGGUUUAUUACAGCCAGUGAAUGCAAGGGUUGAAUUGGUGAGAAACAGUGAAAAUGCAGAGACUGGGACAGGUUCAAUUUCAUUCAACACCUUACUCACUAACUCUCCAUCUUCUUCUACAGAUUCUUCAUCUGAUUUAGACACUCAGUCGACGGGGUCUUUUUUUCGCGACCAAAGUACCACACUUGGGAGCCUAAUGGGUGUUUCCAGCAUUGUGGAAGUGUCAAGAAGAUCUCUCAGAGAAACCAAAACAGAGCUCUUGAAGAGCAAAAAGAAGUUAAAGUUUUGGUCAUGGUGUUUGUGUUUGGGUUGGAGGAGUACAAAUUGUGAAGGUGAGAAUGCCCCAUCUCUGGCUCAGUUUCUUGCAGUGGAAAGAAGAGUUGCUAAUGAAAAUAGAAGGAACCAAAGCCUUCAUUUUGAGCUUGCAUUGGCUGAAACCAAUAUUGCAGAAAGAAAUUCACUGUUUAUCAAUGGCACCAUUGCUCCCCCUCACUCCAUAAGUCCAACCCAUAGCAUCGGAACAGAUAGAAAAAACACAGAAAUAAAGCACGCUAACAACAAAGCCUCUGGUUCACUCCCACAGUUAUUUUCAUGCAUGUGUGGAAUAUGUAUCUAAAGUAAUCUGAUUUAGAUUUUAUAUUAAAAUUGUUAUUUGUUAAAAAGUGGACAAUCGAUUUUGUAAUGAUAAAAUAAGUAUGGACUUAAUCUAUAUGU